AAAUGGCAGCCUUCAUUGAUGAGUGUUCAAGAUGCUGAUAAUUUAUCGACAUAUUUUGACUCUCCUUCUCAAAUUUAGUUGAAGAUCGUUCGCCAAAAACAAUGCAUGUCCUUAUUUAAGCAGACUAUAAAAUUUAAACAGCAUCUGCCUAGAAUUAACAAAGAAGUAAGCCUCAAAAGUAUUGUAUCUUGCUUCUCUCUGUGAAUGUGGCAGUCACUGUCAUUGUCAGUCAAGUCGGUGUGUUUCAGAUCGGUAAUAUACCACAAAGCAUGAACUCGGACAUUAUCUUUAAAAAAUGUGAAUUGUGGGAUAUAAAUAGAACUAUGUGGCCAUUAAAUACAUUCUCAUGCUCUGAUUGGAACUGAAUUAUGACAUUUUUAAUUUUUGAUUCUAAUUGAAUAAUCUGUAUGUUCUGAACUUUUCAAGAUGUCUAUCUUUAAAAGAUUUCUAGGAGGCAAAGAUGGUGACACCCUCAAGUCACCUACUGGAACAAGUCCAUCGGGAAUGAUGCCAAUGGGACAACAGUUACAAAGAAAAUUUGCAAAGGGUGUACAGUAUAACAUGAAAAUUGUUAUUCGAGGUGACAGAAAUGUGGGAAAAUCUUGUUUAUUUCAUAGACUACAAGGUCAGAAGUUUAAAGAAGAAUACAUUCCUACAGAUGAGAUUCAAGUUGCAAGUAUUCAAUGGAAUUACAAGGCAACUGAUGAUGUGGUAAAGGUAGAAGUCUGGGAUGUGGUUGAUAAAGGAAGACCACGGAAGAAAAUGGAAGGAUUGAAAUUAGACAAUGCUGCUGAAUUAAUGCCCGAGGAACCAUGUUUGGACGCAGAAUUUUUAGAUGUGUAUAAAGGAACACAUGGUGUUAUUUUGAUAUAUGAUAUAACUAAACAAUGGACUUAUUCCUAUAUUGAGAAAGAACUUGAGCGUAUACCCCUCCACAUUCCCGUUUUAGUUUUGGGAAAUCAUCGUGAUAUGGGACACCACAGAACAGUAAGUGAGAAAAAGGCUAAAUACACAGUAGAAAAUUUACAACGUGAAAGACCUGAGGGUUCUGGUCAAGUGAGAUAUGCAGAAUCCUCUAUGAGAAAUGGAUUUGGUUUAAGAUAUCUUCAUUUAUUUUUUAACCUUCCUUUCUUACAACUUCAAAGACAAACAUUAUUAAAACAAUUAGAGACAAAUACAGAUGACUUAAAUACAACUGUCCAAGAAUUAGAAGUGCAUGAAGAUUCAGAAGAGCAAAAUUAUGACCUAUUUUUAGAAAGUCUAACUGCCAACCGUAGAAAGCAAGCAGAAAGCUUAGCA